AUGUCGAGCAACAAGAUUUGGCUGCGCGCUGAGACCAAGCCCGCUGAAGCGCGGUCUGCCUUGACUCCUACCACAUGCAAGGCUCUUAUGGAUGCCGGCUACGACGUUACUGUCGAGCGUUCCACACAACGCAUCUUUGAUGGUGAGGAUAACAUACUCUCCUACCUUAUCGGCGCUCCCCUGGUUGAGGAAGGCUCAUGGGUCAAGGAUGCCCCCAAGGACGCUUACGUCCUGGGUCUCAAGGAGCUUCCCGAAGAUGACUUCCCCCUCGAGCACGUCCACAUCUCUUUCGCACACUGCUACAAGGAACAAGGUGGCUGGGAGAAGGUUCUUAGCCGGUGGCCCCGUGGAGGCGGCACCCUCUUGGACUUGGAGUUCCUCACAGAUGAUGUUGGUCGCAGGGUAGCUGCUUUCGGAUACUCUGCUGGUUAUGCAGGCUCUGCUCUGGCCGUCAAGAACUGGGCCUGGCAAUUGACACACCCCGAGGGCGAGCCUCUGCCCGGCGAGACACCCUAUGAGAACCAAGAUCUUCUGAUCGCGUCCGUGAAGGAGUCGCUGGAGGUUGGCAAGAAGCAGUCUGGAAAGUCGCCCAAGGUGCUUGUCAUUGGAGCUCUUGGCCGUUGCGGCAAGGGUGCUGUGCAGCUGGCCAAGGAUGUUGGCAUUCCCGAGUCUGAUAUCAUCCAGUGGGAUAUUGAAGAGACCAAGAAGGGUGGACCCUUCCGUGAGAUCGUUGAGGACGUUGAUAUCUUCGUCAACUGCAUCUACCUCUCCGCCAAGAUCCCUCCUUUCGUCAACGCCGAGACCCUCUCUACUCCUAACCGCCGCUUGUCUGUCAUUUGCGACGUGAGCGCUGACACAACCAACCCCCACAACCCUAUCCCCGUCUACUCGAUCACCACCACCUUUGAUAAGCCCACGGUGCCAGUGACCCUGUCCGCCGGCGCCCAGGGUCCCCCUCUGAGCGUGAUCAGCAUUGAUCAUCUCCCCUCUCUCUUGCCCCGUGAGAGCUCCGAGAUGUUCAGCGAAGCGCUGCUGCCUAGCCUGCUGCAGCUCAAGGACAGAAAGAACGCUCGCGUCUGGAAGCAGGCGGAGGAUCUGUUUAACGAGAAGGUCGCUACGUUGCCCGAGUCGAUGCGCGCAUAA